AUGGCCCUCAUGAAGCUACCUGACAAGAUGUCUCUGCAGAUGAAGACAGUUGGGAAGGAACAUCAGUGGCUUGAGGAAAACAGUGACUUUCUUCAGACUGUGGGUGCUGAAAGGAGAACGCAGAAGAAAAUCACCAACAUGGGUCACAUUUUGGAAAGAUCAGAUGAUGAGGAAGCCAUUGUCUCUGGAAACCCUCAGGUGAAACUCCUUCAUGACGUGGAAACUGAGGAACCGGAUAUGUUGGAGCAGGAGGCUGAGCAUGACCAGGACACGCUGAGAGAACAGAAAGAGCGAGAAACAUGUCACCUUCAAUCUGAGGAUCCUCAAGGGUUUGCUUCUUUGCAAUUUUCUGAAGAGAACAUCCCUAAAAGGGGUCAGAACAUGUUCUUGCAGCUAAAUCACUGGAAUGUACACAUGGGAAAGCAAGCAAAAGACCUUGGGGCUGAUCACAGAGGCUGGCUGGAGAAAAUUAACAGUACUAUACAAAAUAUAAGCCUAACCGAAAACACAGUGAAGAGCUUGUUAAAGGAGGUGAUGUCGCUGGAAGGGCAAAUUGAAAAGUUAGAGUCACACGGGGACCUUGACCUUGACCAGUGGACAAACAUCGAGGAGAAGAUUGUGGAUAUUAAAAAGCAAUUAGGAGGAAUGGAUAGUAAAUCUGUCCAGGAAGAGAAACUCAUCACAAGAAUAGAGGACUUUUGCAAGGAUAUGACUCAGAAGAAAACAAAGUUGGGGGUGUACCCAACGCAGGAAGGCAAAACAGACACUCUGAAUCCUGAAGAAAUGGGUAUGGAAAAAAUGGAGGCUCUGCUUCCUCAGUCUCCACCCCAGUUAGUGCAGAGCUCUCCUCCCCCAAUCUGGAAACGUGCACUGAGGAUUUUCAUCAUGUUUUAUGUCCUCACCUUCACUGUCCUGUCAUUUUACUUACUAUUUUUUGAUGCUACAUUUAUCUUUGAAAGUUUGCUCCCCACCAUUCUUGGGAGAGGCAGAAUGUGGGAACUACGGGAGUUCAUCACGCCUUUCUUGAACUUGGAAGUGGAAGACUUGUUACCCUCCUAA